AGGGCGGUGCGGAGGGGCAGUGCUGAGGCAAGCGACAGUCGCCACGUCCCGUCGGGUUGGAGAUGCUCGGACCCGCCGCGGCCGCGACGGCUUUCACCGACGAUGUGCUGCGCGUCUUCGGGGUCAACCAGAGCCUGUCGGCCGGGCAGCUCUCCUCCCUGCUUCAGCAGCUGGGCGCCGCGCCGGCCCUGGGUGCCGUGCUGCCCCUGGCCCACCUGCACCACAACCAGUGCUUGACCGCUGAGGAAAUUUUUUAUUUACAUGGAAUACCAAACAACAGCCAUGUAUCAAAUUCAAGAUUCUCUGCAAUAUGUCCUGCUGUCUUGCAGCAGCUAAUUUUUCACCCAUGUGAUCGUCAUGAAGGCUUUGUGGAUACAUCUAAACCACAUCCUUUAGAAGUUUGGGGAUUUGGCUUCCUGGCUGUGACUAUCAUUAACUUGGCAUCACUUCUGGGAUUGAUCUUAACUCCUCUCUUAAAGAAGUCAUAUUUCCCCAAGGUUUUAACCUACUUUGUGGGCUUGGCCAUUGGUACUCUCUUUUCUAAUGCAAUUUUCCAGCUCAUUCCAGAGGCAUUUGGGUUUGACCCCAAAGUAGAUAACUACAUUGAGAAAGCAGUCGCUGUGUUUGGUGGAUUCUAUAUUCUCUUCUUUGUGGAAAGGAUUCUUAAAGUGAUACUGAAGAUCUAUGACCAGACUGGCCAUACUUACUGUGAAAAUGGUGAACAGAAUCGUUCUCAGGACAAGACUAACUCACCCAAACCACUCUCAGCCAGCAACGGGGGGACAUGUUAUGCAAAUUCAGCCGUGAUAGAGAGCAACGGAAAUCUUGGUUUUGACAGCAUCAGUGUGGUCUCGGCACAGGAAGAAGUCACCCAAAGCAACUUGUGCAAGUGUCUUAAGGGGCGUCCACUGUCAAAGAUUGGGACUAUUGCUUGGAUGGUGACACUGAGUGAUGCUGUACAUAAUUUCAUAGAUGGUUUGGCUAUUGGUGCUUCUUUCACUUUGUCCCUGCUUCAAGGGCUUAGUACCUCCAUAGCCAUCUUGUGUGAAGAGUUUCCUCAUGAACUGGGGGAUUUUGUCAUCUUGCUUAAUGCAGGAAUGAGUACUCGGCAGGCUCUGUUUUUCAACUUCAUGUCUGCGUGUUCCUGUUAUGUUGGGAUGGCUUUUGGAAUAUUAGUAGGCAACAACUUUGCUCCGAACAUCAUCUUUGCUGUAGCCGGUGGAAUGUUUCUGUACAUCUCUCUGGCAGAUAUGUUCCCAGAGAUGAAUGAUAUGCUGCGAGAGAAAGUGACAGGAAGAAAGAUGGAUCUCACAUUCUUCCUGAUUCAGAAUGCCGGCUUACUGACGGGAUUUACAGCUAUCCUGAUGAUUACCCUGUAUGCAGGGAAUAUUGAGCUAUGAAAAUGAGAGCAAAGACCGAGUCAUGACUGAAGACAUCAAGUCAAUUACAAAUGGAAGACACUUCAUCCAUAAAGGGCUGUUCAUCUAAUCUACUUUGUUUUUGAAACAGUGACAAGUCCCAUCCCCCUUGCUCCCCAUACAGGAAAUUGGUCUUUAAGACUUGCGGUAAAUCCAAAUAGUAGGAGCUGGCAACUUUUGUACCGUGCCAAAGAACCAAUUUAGUACUUUUUAUUUCUACUUCAAAUUAUCUGAACUAUCAUAGAGAGAGGAUGUUACUUGGCCAAUAGAAUUAUGCAGUAUAUGCAACCAAGUGCAACCUAGGACCAAAUGCAAGCUGAGCUCUUCAAGGAAGGCGCUUCAUUAGAA